CCCAGUCACCGAGCGAGAGGGAGGAAACAAGAUGGCGGCUGAAGGCGAUCCGGAGUGGGGCCCCAGCAAUUCGGACUGAGCCUUCUCCCCUCCGCCCGCUCCCGCCGGCCGGGCCCCUCCCGCCGGGCCCCGCCGGCCUCCCCCCCCUGGCCCCCGGCGCCCCCCUCACCACCCCGCGCCCCUCCCCCUCCGCUUUCCUUCACCCCCUCCCCCUCCUCCGCCUCCCCCGGCAGCCGCUCCGACAUGAGGGGCCGGCGGGGCAGGCCGCCCAAGCAGCCCGCGGCGCCCGCGGCGGAGCGCUGCGCCCCGGCCCCGCCGCCGCCACCUCCGCCGCCGCCCCCGCCGCCGCCGCCGCCGCCCGCGUCUGGACCCAUCGGGGGCCUGCGCUCGCGGCACCGAGGCAGCAGUCGGGGCAGGUGGGCCGCCGCCCAGGCUGAGGUGGCGCCCAAGACGCGGCUGAGCUCGCCCAGGGGGGGCGGCAGCGGCCGGAGGAAGCCGCCGCCGCCGCCGCCGCCGCCGGCCCCCCCCAGCACCGGCGCCCCGGGCCGGGGGGGGCGAGGAGGCGGGGGCGGCAGGACGGGGGGCGGCGGCGGCGGCGGCGGCGGCGGCCACCUGGCCCGGACCACCCCGGCCCGGCGCGCCGUCAACAAAGUGGUGUACGAUGACCACGAGAGCGAGGAGGACGAGGAGGAGGACAUGGUCUCGGAGGAGGAGGAGGAGGAGGAAGAGGAGGAAGGCGACGCCGAGGAAACCCAGGACUCGGAGGAAGACGACGAGGAGGAGAUGGAGGAGGACGACGACUCCGAUUAUCCGGAGGAAAUGGAAGACGACGACGACGACGCCAGCUACUGCACCGAAAGCAGUUUCAGGAGUCACAGCACCUACAGCAGCACUCCAGGUAGACGAAAACCGAGAGUACAUCGACCUCGAUCUCCAAUACUGGAGGAAAAGGACAUCCCACCCCUUGAAUUUCCCAAGUCCUCUGAGGAUUUAAUGGUGCCUAAUGAGCAUAUAAUGAAUGUUAUCGCCAUUUACGAGGUACUGCGGAACUUUGGCACUGUUUUGAGACUGUCUCCUUUUCGCUUUGAGGACUUCUGCGCAGCUCUGGUAAGCCAAGAGCAGUGUACACUCAUGGCCGAGAUGCACGUGGUGUUGUUGAAAGCUGUGCUGCGUGAGGAAGACACUUCCAAUACUACCUUUGGACCUGCUGACCUGAAAGACAGUGUCAACUCCACUCUGUAUUUCAUAGACGGAAUGACCUGGCCGGAGGUGCUGCGGGUGUACUGCGAGAGUGACAGGGAGUACCACCACGUUUUGCCCUACCAGGAGGCGGAGGACUACCCCUACGGACCCGUGGAGAACAAAAUCAAAGUUCUGCAGUUUUUAGUCGAUCAGUUUCUUACGACAAACAUUGCUCGUGAGGAGUUGAUGUCUGAAGGGGUGAUCCAGUACGACGACCACUGUAGGGUGUGUCACAAACUUGGGGACCUGCUUUGCUGUGAGACGUGUUCCGCUGUAUACCAUUUGGAAUGUGUGAAGCCCCCUCUUGAGGAGGUGCCAGAGGACGAGUGGCAGUGUGAAGUCUGCGUGGCACACAAGGUGCCUGGUGUGACUGACUGUGUUGCUGAAAUCCAAAAGAAUAAACCGUAUAUUCGACAUGAGCCUAUUGGAUAUGACAGAAGUCGGAGGAAAUACUGGUUCUUAAAUCGAAGACUCAUAAUAGAAGAAGAUACGGAAAAUGAAAAUGAAAAGAAAAUUUGGUACUACAGCACAAAGGUCCAGCUUGCAGAAUUAAUAGACUGUCUAGACAAAGAUUACUGGGAAGCAGAACUUUGCAAAACUCUAGAAGAAAUGCGUGAAGAAAUCCACCGGCACAUGGAGAUAACGGAAGACCUGACCAACAAGGCUCGGGGCAGUAACAAGUCCUUUCUAGCGGCAGCUAAUGAAGAAAUUUUGGAUUCAAUAAGAGCCAAAAAAGGAGACAUUGAUAAUGAUAAAAGCCCAGAAGAAGUAGAAAAAGACAAGAAUGAAACCGAGAAUAACAACUGUAAAGCUGCUGAGCCAAGCAGAGAGGAGUUUGAUCAGUCCUGUGAAAAAGAGACGGAUGGCAGAACACCAGAUGACAAUCGGGAGCCAGGCAAAUCUGAGGAGCCAACAGAAGUUGGGGAUAAAGGUAACUCUGUGCCAGCAAAUCUUGGCGACAACACAACAAACGCUUCUUCCGAAGAGACUAGUCCCUGUGAAGGGAGGAGCCCCGAGGGGUGUCUCUCUGAAACCCAUGAUAGCAGCAACAUGGCAGAGAAGAAGGUGGCAUCUGAGCUCCCCCAGGAUGUGCCAGAAGACUCUCACAAGCCAUGUGACAGCAGUAAGACUAGUGCUUCCACCUCCUCCGUGCAGCCCCAUCUGGAAAACAGUAGCAGCAGCAGUGAGCUCAAUUCCUCCCCCAGUGACUCUGCUCAGGCCGCUGAUGACCCUGAAAACGGAGAAAGAGAGUCCCAUACACCUGUCUCUAUUCAAGAAGAGAUAGGUGACUUCAGACUGGAGAAGUCUAAUGGGGAAGUGGCUGAGUCCCCUAGUGCUGGAAGAGGAGCAUCCGGCUCAACGCGCAUCAUCACCAGGUUGCGGAAUCCUGACAGCAAACUAAGUCAACUGAAGAACCAGCAGGUGGCAGCUGCGGCCCACGAAGCCAAUAAACUGUUCAAGGAGGGCAAAGAGGUACUGGUAGUUAACUCUCAAGGAGAAAUUUCACGGUUGAGCACCAAAAAGGAAGUGGUCAUGAAAGGAAAUAUCAACAAUUACUUUAAAUUGGGUCAAGAAGGGAAGUAUAGAGUGUACCACAAUCAGUACUCUACCAAUUCAUUUGCUUUGAAUAAACACCAGCACAGGGAAGAUCAUGAUAAGAGAAGGCAUCUUGCACAUAAAUUCUGCCUGACUCCAGCUGGAGAGUUCAAAUGGAAUGGUUCUGUCCACGGGUCUAAAGUUCUUACCAUAUCGACUCUGAGACUGACCAUCACCCAGCUAGAAAGCAACAUCCCUUCUUCCUUUCUUCAUCCCAAUUGGGCUUCACACAGGGCAAAUUGGAUCAAGGCAGUUCAGAUGUGUAGCAAACCCAGAGAGUUUGCAUUGGCAUUAGCUAUUUUGGAAUGUGCAGUCAAACCAGUUGUGAUGCUCCCAAUAUGGCGGGAAUCUUUAGGACAUACCAGGCUACACAGAAUGACAUCCAUUGAGAGAGAAGAGAAGGAGAAAGUAAAGAAGAAGGAGAAGAAGCAGGAAGAGGAAGAAACAAUGCAGCAGGCCACAUGGGUGAAGUACACGUUCCCGGUCAAGCACCAGGUGUGGAAACAGAAAGGAGAAGAAUACAGAGUAACAGGAUACGGUGGCUGGAGCUGGAUUAGUAAAACUCAUGUUUAUAGGUUUGUUCCUAAAUUGCCAGGCAAUACUAAUGUGAAUUACAGAAAGCCAUUAGAAGGAACAAAAAAUAAUGUAGAUGAAAAUAUGGAUGAAUCAGAUAAACAAAAAGGUUUGCAGAGUCCAAAAAAAACAAAAGCAGGGUCUGAUUGUGAAAAAAGAGAUUGUGCUAAAGAAGCAGGUCAGAGUGAAGUGGAUAUGUCAAAGACUACUGAGAAGGAUGAAGAUGUGAAGGAACUGUUUGAUUGUGAGAAUGAUAAAUCCUUCAAUGAAGAAGCAAUGGAAGUGGAUCAGGAGGAGGAGAAAGCAGACUCACAUGUAAAUUCUCAGGAAAGCUCCCCUGUCGAUGUGAUCAAUGUCAGUGAGGGCUUUCACCUAAGGACUAGUUACAAAAAGAAAAUCAAAUCAUCCAAACUAGAUGGGCUUCUUGAAAGGCGAAUUAAGCAGUUCACAAUGGAUGAAAAACAGCGCCUGGAAAAGAUUAAGUUGGAGGGUGGAAUUAUGGAUUCCGGAAAGUCUUCUACAACUUCCUUGAGAGAUCUCUGUGAUUCACCCAUCAUAACCAAAGUGAAAGAAGAGUGUCAAAAUGACUUGCUUAGAGAAGAACCAAGCCCAAUUGUAAAUAAAGAGAAGUGUGAGGAGUCAAUUCAGGGAUGUUCACAAAGUGAUUCCUCAGCUCUGGACAUCAGUGAUUCUAGUCUUAGCCCAAGCAAACCAUAUUCAAAACGUCGCCUGUUAGAUGAUGUCUCCGUUCGGACUAUGGGGACAAAUUACCAGAAACAAAAUUCUGUUGAAAAUGACAUAGAUGAGAGUCUCUCUGAAAGCACCGAUAAAAGCCAGGAACACAGCAAAAGCAAAACAAAAGGAGGGGCUUUUUUCAUGGACGUCUCUAAACCAGCCAGAACAGAUGAUAGUGGUACUUUGAGGUUUAAGAACAGAAAACCACUCCUAGAGGAGGAGAAUGACAACUUUAUUUCUUCUUCUGAGAGCGCUUUACUUCCAUCAGGACCUAAAAAUACCAGCAACAGAGAUGCCCCAUCACUCUCAAAAGCAAUGGACUUUGAUGGGAAACUAGAGUGUGAUGAAUAUAAUAACAGCACUUUGGAAAAUAGUUCUGAUACUAUGUCUAUUCAGGAUAGUAGUGAAGAAGAUAUGGUUGUUCAGAACAGUGGUGAAAGUAUUUCGGAACAGUUCCUAACUCCAGAACAAGAUAUUGAAAGUCCAGAGCCAUUGAGAUGUGAAUUGGUUUCAAAUUCAAAGUCCACUGGAAACUGUGAUGGCAGGCUACAGGGCAAGGCAAUGGAAGCAAAUGGGAAAAAAAUAAGCCAGCAGCAGAGAUUAGAGGAGAGACCAAUGAAUAAAUGUGCUGACCAAGCAAAUCUCAAAAAUACCACUGAUAAAAGGAAUAGUGAAAAUCGAGAAUCUGAAAGGAAAGGACAAAAAAGUACCUUUCAAAUAAAUGGAAAAGAUAAGAAAGCUAAGGUAUGUUCGAAAGGUGAAUGCUUGAAGGAAAUCCCUGAAAGCAAAGUAGUGAGUGGCAAUGUUGAAUCCAGAGUUAAUAAUGUAAAUAAAAUAAUCCCUGAAAAUGAUAUUAAGCCUUUGACUGUUAAAGAGUCUGCUGUGAAGCCUUUCAUUAAUGGUGAUGUCAUCAUGGAAGAGCUGAAUGAAAAAAACAAUUCAGAAACCAAUUCACGUGUCCUGAGUUCCUUAGAUACUGAAGGUAAUUACCAAGAGAGUCUCAAGAGCCUACCACCAACCAAAGAGCCUGACAGUACGCAGAUGACGCCUCCAUCCUCUUGCCCAGAAAGCAAUUCAUUUAAUCAGAUAGAAGAUAUGGAAGUGGAGACCCCAGAAGUGAAGAAAGUUACUCCAUCCCCAAUCACUUCUGGAGAGGAGUCCAACCUCAGUAAUGAUUUCACGGAUGAAAAUGGGCUGCCCACCCACAAAGCCGAAAACAUCAAUGGAGAUUCCAAAAGAAAAACGGUCAUCACGGAAGUUACCACCACGACAUCCACGGUUGCCACGGAAUCAAAGACUGUGAUCAAGGUAGCAAAAGGCGAUAAGCAAACUGUGGUGUCUUCUACAGAAAAUUGUGCCAAAUCCACAGUCACUACCACUACCACAACAGUCACCAAGCUGUCCACUCCCUCCACAGACAGCACGGAGGACAUCAUCUCUGUGAAGGAGCAGAGCAAAACCGUGGUCACCACAACCGUGACAGACUCCCUGACCACCGCAGGAGGCACACUGGUGACAGCCAUGACAGUCAGCAAGGAGUAUUCCACAAGGGACAAAGUGAAACUGACAAAGUUUUCAAGACCGAAGAAGGCUCGCUCAGGUACAGCUUUGCCAUCCUACAGGAAGUUUAUCACCAAGAGCAGCAAGAAGAGCAUAUUUGUCUUGCCCAAUGAUGACUUAAAAAAGUUAGCCAGAAAAGGAGGAAUUCGAGAAGUCCCUUACUUUAAUUACAAUGCGAAACCUGCAUUGGAUAUAUGGCCAUAUCCUUCUCCUAGACCAACCUUUGGGAUCACUUGGAGGUACAGGCUUCAGACGGUGAAGUCCCUUGCGGGAGUGAGCCUGAUGUUGCGGUUACUGUGGGCCAGCCUGAGAUGGGAUGACAUGGCAGCCAAGGCUCCACCAGGAGGAGGGACUACACGGACAGAAACAUCUGAAACUGAAAUCACAACCACAGAAAUAAUUAAGAGGCGGGAUGUCGGUCCUUAUGGCAUUCGUUCUGAAUACUGUAUCAGGAAAAUCAUUUGCCCCAUUGGAGUCCCAGAAGCACCAAAAGAAACACCUACACCUCAGAGGAAAGGCCUUAGAUCAAGUGCACUGCGGCCAAAGAGACCAGAAACGCCUAAGCAAACUGGCCCUGUUAUUAUUGAAACCUGGGUUGCAGAGGAAGAAUUAGAACUCUGGGAAAUCAGAGCCUUUGCUGAGAGAGUGGAGAAAGAAAAGGCCCAAGCUGUUGAGCAACAGGCUAAGAAACGCCUGGAGCAACAGAAGCCUACAGUCAUCGCUGCUUCUACUACAUCCCCACCAAACAGUACAACCAGCACCAUCUCUCCAGCCCAGAAAGUUAUGGUGGCCCCCAUUAGUGGCUCAGUUACCCCUGGGACAAAGAUGGUACUAACUACCAAAGUGGGCUCUCCAGCGACAGUCACAUUCCAGCAAAACAAGAACUUCCACCAGACCUUUGCUACCUGGGUUAAACAAGGCCAGUCAAAUUCAGGUGUUGUCCAAGUGCAGCAGAAAGUCCUGGGUAUCAUUCCAUCGAGUACAGGCACAAGUCAGCAGACCUUUACUUCAUUCCAGCCAAGGACAGCAACUGUCACGAUUAGGCCUAAUACCUCAGGCUCAGGAGGAACCACCAGCCCCUCACAAGUAAUCACGGGGCCUCAGAUCCGACCUGGUAUGACUGUGAUUAGAACACCACUCCAACAGUCGACACUUGGAAAGGCAAUUAUUCGAACACCAGUGAUGGUCCAGCCAGGUGCUCCUCAGCAGGUUGUGACUCAGAUCAUCCGAGGGCAGCCGGUUUCCACUGCCAUCUCUGCCCCGAGCACAACAUCCUCGACUCCUGGGCAGAAAGGCUUAACUUCAGGAGCAGCCAGCACCGGUCUACAGUCUUCCGCGCCCCCGGCCCCCCGCCCUCAGCAAGGGCAGGUGAAGCUUACCAUGGCUCAGCUGACUCAGUUAACGCAGGGCCACGGUGGCAAUCAAGGUUUGACAGUGGUAAUUCAAGGACAAGGUCAGACUACUGGACAGUUGCAGUUGAUACCUCAAGGGGUGACUAUACUGCCAGGCCCAGGACAGCAGCUCAUGCAAGCUGCAAUGCCAAAUGGCACUGUGCAGCGAUUCCUCUUUACCCCCUUGGCAACAACAGCCACAACAGCCAGCACCAGCACCACCACUGUCUCCACUACAGCAGGCUCAGGUGAACAAAAACAGAGUAAAUUGUCACCCCAGACCCAGGUGCCACAAGCCAAAACACUGCCGCCAGCUCCAUCUUCAAGUGUGAGUCCUGCAGAAGCCCAGCCACAGACUGCUCAGCCUUCAGCACAGUCCCAAUCCCAGUCCUUCCCCCAGCCCCAGUCCCCAACACAGCCUGAAGUUCAGGACCAGCCUGAAGUCCAGCCCCAGACAACCGUUUCAUCCCAUGUCCCUUCUGAAGCACAACCUGCCCAAGCACAGUCAUCCAAACCCCAAGUUGCAUCACAGUGUCAGCCUCAGAGUAAUGUUCAAGGACAGUCUCCUGUUCGUGUCCAGAGUCCACCACAGACUCGAAUACGUCCAUCAACUCCAUCCCAAGUGUCUCCUGGACAGCAAGCCCAGGUUCAGACUUCAGCCUCACAACCGAUUCCAAUUCAGCCACACACAUCUCUUCCGAUACCUUCCCAAGGCCAGCCACAGUCACAACCCCAGGUACAGUCUUCAACUCAAACUCUUUCAGCAGGACAAACGUUAAGUCAAGUUACUGUUUCGUCCCCAUCAUGUCCUCAGCUACAAAUUCCGCAGCCUCAGCCCCAAGUCAUUGCUGUACCUCAGCUGCAACAACAAGUCCAGGUUCUCUCUCAGAUCCAGCCGCAGGUUGUGGCUCAGAUACAGGCCCAGCAAGGUGGUGUGCCCCAUCAGAUCAAACUCCAGUUACCUAUUCAAAUUCAGCAAAGCAGUGCUGUGCAGCCUCACCAAAUUCAGAAUGUGGUUACAGUGCAGGCAGCCAGUGUGCAAGAGCAGUUGCAGAGGGUUCAGCAACUCAGGGAUCAGCAGCAGAAGAAGAAACAGCAACAGAUAGAGAUUAAGCGUGAACACACCCUCCAAGCUUCUAACCAAAGUGAAAUCAUUCAGAAACAGGUGGUGAUGAAGCAUAAUGCUGUAAUAGAACACUUAAAACAGAAAAAGCCCAUGACUCCCGCUGAAAGAGAAGAGAACCAAAGAAUGAUUGUCUGUAACCAGGUGAUGAAGUAUAUUUUGGAUAAGAUAGAUAAAGAAGAAAAACAGGCCGCUAAGAAAAGGAAACGGGAAGAAAGUGUGGAACAGAAGCGGAGCAAGCAGAAUGCUAGCAAGCUCUCCGCUCUGCUCUUCAAACACAAAGAGCAGCUCAAAGCAGAAAUCCUGAAAAAGCGAGCACUUCUGGACAAAGACCUGCAAAUCGAAGUGCAGGAAGAGCUGAGGAGAGACCUGAGAAUGAAGAAGGAGAAAGACAUGGUGCAGGUGGCGCAGGCCAGUGCAGUAGCAGCCCCCUGUCCCCCUGUGGUGGUGACCGCGCCAACCCCCACAGCCCCUCCGCCUUCGCCUCCCACUGUCCCCACUCUGCAGUCCCCGGGCCUCCCCACACCCCCGCUGCCUGGGGCUUCCCAGAAGAGGAAGCGGGAGGAGGAGAAAGACUCAAACUCAAAGUCCAAGAAAAAGAAAGUGAUCUCUACUACCUCAAAGGAAACUAAGAAGGACACAAAGCUUUAUUGUAUCUGUAAAACGCCUUAUGAUGAAUCUAAGUUCUAUAUUGGCUGUGAUCUUUGUACUAACUGGUAUCAUGGAGAAUGUGUUGGCAUCACAGAAAAGGAGGCUAAGAAAAUGGAUGUGUACAUCUGUAAUGAUUGUAAACGGGCACAAGAGGGCAGCAGUGAGGAAUUGUACUGUAUCUGCAGAACACCUUAUGAUGAGUCACAAUUUUACAUUGGCUGUGAUCGGUGUCAGAACUGGUACCACGGGCGCUGUGUCGGCAUCCUGCAGAGUGAGGCGGAGCUCAUUGAUGAGUAUGUCUGUCCGCAGUGCCAGUCCACAGAAGAUGCCAUGACAGUGCUCACACCACUGACAGAGAAAGAUUAUGAGGGCUUGAAGCGGGUGCUCCGCUCCUUGCAGGCCCAUAAGAUGGCUUGGCCUUUCCUUGAACCAGUAGACCCUAAUGAUGCACCAGAUUAUUAUGGUGUCAUAAAGGAACCCAUGGACCUUGCCACCAUGGAAGAAAGAAUACAAAGACGAUAUUACGAAAAGCUGACCGAAUUUGUGGCAGACAUGACCAAAAUUUUUGAUAAUUGCCGUUACUAUAAUCCAAGUGACUCCCCUUUUUACCAAUGUGCAGAAGUUCUCGAAUCAUUCUUUGUGCAGAAGUUGAAAGGAUUCAAGGCUAGCAGGUCUCAUAACAACAAACUGCAAUCUACAGCUUCUUAAAGUUCAGCACGUUAACCUAACAUAAAACACAGCAAGAAGCUGGUUGUCUGAACUAUUUUCAAUUAAGGAGCCAGAUGUUUUUAGUCAGGUUAUCCUGACGAGACGUGACCUAAACUUCGUUUUUAUUGGUCGUAACAGUCCAAUUAUAUUCUUGGCCAAUUUUGUCCAACGGACAAGGGAAAAACAAAGUCAACGACACCAUUAUCUUGUCAAGAUCAAAUGGUUUUACUAUUAUGGCAGAAGCGGGAAAACUUUAUUGAAGAAAAAAAAGGAAAAGAAAGCAAGAAAAAAAAAAGACUAUGGGGUCACGUGAAACUCCAUGGAGAAGCCACGUCCGCUCUUCAGUGAAGAAGCUGGUGUAGUCUCACAGAAAACUUUUGACUGUAUUUAUUUAUUGUUGCAAAAAAGACGCUUUUUUAUUGCUGCCCUCAUUUGUCAGCUAAUUAUUUUUUCUUAUAAAGUCCAGCCCUGGUUCCAUGCGAUGCAUCCUGUCUCUUAUCAUGACUCCUGUAGGUGAAGUUCAGACGACCUCUAGAUGUCUUUUCUUUCUAUGAAAGGAGCUGCUAUGUACACAUGUGCACACACACCUGGGAAUCAACAAUGAGUUACUGUUCAUGGUAGACAAAAAUGAAGCUCAAUGAGAGGCUGGGCUGCGUAGUCCUGGACUACAGACUGGCGCCUUGAGCACGCCAGUCCAGUCCGCCAUUCACUCCGCACCAGGCUAAAAGGAGCAAAAUCUAUUUGAAGGUAUCUUGUUUGUAAACAUUUGUCAGAUUCUAAUUUUUUUCUUUUUGUAUUAAAAUUCAACUAUGGAUGUAUAUGAAUCAAAAUAAAUGGAGAUACUUUUUCUCCCACAGAUGGAGGUGUCUUUGUGCGCUCAUGAUCUGUGAGCUGGGCCGGGAGGGGGCAGAGGCUCCGGUCUGACCUGGGUUUCUCCGGGACAGUGGUGGUCCUCGUGUUAAGAUUCUCCAGUGCACUGUCCGCACGUGAGGGGGAACCUCCGGGGUGCUAAUCCCUUUCCACGCUUGACUGGACCCUUGAGAAGGGCCUUCAUCUGUGCUCUGAUUCCAGGCAGAUGCCCAGUUACACACAGCGACCGACGGCCGAGGGAGGGAGGGCAUUUCACAUGCCCUCAUCCUCUGUCGGUGGUGGUUGGUUGGGUUUGUUUCUGUUUGUUUGUUCAGUCUGUUUGUUCCCCAUAAGGAAAAGUAGCCUACGCUGUGGGAAAACAGGAAAGCAUGGGAAGAAGGUGUAGAGUUUGAACCUUCUACAGUGUUCUUCCUGUGCUGUGAGAAUGGUUCCCUCAGUUGAAUUAGGUGGCUUUGCAAGGAUUUCUCUAGAAUUUUGCACUAAUUCAUGCUAGCUUUGUCCUUACCGUGUCCUGGAAUUUACCUAGUUUUUGUUUUUUGAGUUUCCUUCUGUUUAAUGUCUUGCUAUGCAAAACCCUUCCCAGCCCUUGGUUCUUGAGAGCAAGCUGUUGCUACAGUUCCAUUCUUCCCUCUCCCAAGCUCAGGUGCACACGUUUUCCUGCAGUCAUUUUAUUCCUUCUGUACAUGAAGAUGUCACAUCAGCUCAAUGUAGAAACCUGGAAACAAAGUUUUUGCCUAAAAUAUUAAGAUGAAAGCAGUUAAAAACAGGUUACUUUGUCCGUCUAGUUUUUUUUUUUAAUGUUACAUGUUCUAUAUGUACUGUGCUGAUGCAAGCAUUUUACAAUGAAUGAAUUAUAAAAUUAUUCGGCAGAUCAUCACAUCACAGUAUUUCUGUACUAUUUAUUCAUAUCUAUAAAUAUAUAUGGGCUUGAACAUUUAACACUUUCCUAUCUGUAGGCAAUAGAUUGCUAUGUUUUUAACAAAUUGUGGCAAACAAAUUCUUUUUGUACGUAUUAGAACAUUUCAUCCUAGGAAAAUAAAGUAUUGGUUUUGACAUUG